AUGGCAAGACAACGAAGCGAAGCUGUAGCUGCGGCUAUGUCCAAGUCGCACAACAUUCGUAAUAUGUGUGUUAUAGCACAUGUUGAUCAUGGUAAAUCGACAUUGACUGAUGCUUUAGUGUAUAAAGCUGGUAUUAUUACCGAACAACAAGCUGGCCAACGUCGAUUUACUGAUUCAUUAGAGGCCGAGCAAGAAAAAGGAAUUACAAUUAAAUCAUCAUCUGUUAGUAUGUACUACGAAUUAGAUGAUCAAAUUCUUGGUGAUCUCAAACGGGACGAUAAUGGAUUUCUAGUCAAUCUCAUUGAUUCUCCUGGUCAUGUUGACUUCUCAUCAGAAGUCACUGCUGCGCUACGUGUUACUGAUGGCGCAUUACUUGUAGUCGAUGCCGUCUCAGGUGUAUCUGUACAAACUGAAACUGUUCUUCGUCAGGCUCUGUCUGAACGUGUACAAUUAACAUUAGUCAUAAAUAAAGUUGAUCGAUGUAUAUUAGAACAAAAAUUGGAAGCUGAAGAACUUUAUCAAAAAUUAUCAGGUAUUGUCGCUAGAUGCAAUGCUUUAAUAGCAACAUAUCGAAGUACUGAUGAUUCAACUUAUUCGGAUGAGCAUUUCAAUCCAAUAUUGGGCAAUGUUGCAUUUGCAUCUGGUAAACAAGGUUGGGCGUUUACAUUAAAUCAAUUUGCAACAUUCAUUGCUGAAAAAGCGAAAGUAUCGAAAGAUAAAUAUUUGAAUCGUCUAUGGGGCGAAUCUUAUUAUUCAUCAGAAAAUAAAAAAUGGGUUUCAUAUGAACAAUCAAGAACGAUUGAUGAUGCUAAACGUGGCUUCAAUCAAUUUAUUCUUCAGCCACUCUAUCAAAUUCUCAAUGCAUGUGCUGAAUUGAAUAUGGAUGAAGUUCAAAAAUUAUUAUCGAAAAUUGACGUUAAAUUAUCUGCCGAUAAACUUGAUGCUUCUGUUCUUGAUGCUAAAAAAAUAACGGCAAAUGUCAUGAAACGUUGGCUACCAGCUGGUGAAGCUAUGUUACAUUUAAUUGUUCUUCAUCUUCCAUCACCUGUACAAGCGCAAGUCUAUCGUAUUAAACAUUUAUAUGAAGGACCUCAAGAUGAUCAAGCAGCAUGUUCUAUGAAAGCUUGUGAUCCCAACGGUGAAGUAAUGAUUUACAUUAGUAAGAAAAUUCCAGCUCAAGAUGGAUCACGUUUUCUUUGUUUUGGUCGAAUUUUUUCUGGUACAGUUGUGUCUGGUACCAAUGUACGUGUUCUUGGUCCUGACUAUCGACCCGGUUCAACAAGUGAUUUACAAAUUAAGAAUAUAACAAGUGUUGGUGUUAUGGUUGGUGAUCGUUGUAUGCCAAUGAACAGUGUGCCAGCUGGUAAUGUUGUUGCGUUAAGCGGCAUCGAUAAAUGUUUAGUAAAAACAGCAACAAUAACAACAAGUCCUGAUGCACAUAAUUUUCGUGUAAUGAAAUUUUCGGUUAGCCCAGUUGUACGUGUUGCUGUUGAUGCAAAAGAUCCAACUGACCAUGCUAAACUUGUAGAAGGUCUUAAGAAAUUAGUUCAAGCCGAUUCACUUGUGCAAGUAUUAAACGAAAAUGGACAACAUGUUAUUGCUGCUGCCGGUGAACUACAUUUAGAAAUAUGUUUGGCUGAUUUAGAAAAAACACACGCACGUUGUCCAUUGAAAGUAGCAACACCUAUUGUAACUUAUCGUGAAACAAUUACUGCCGAAUCACGACAAAUAGCUUUUACAAAAACAACAAAUAAACAUAAUAAAUUUUUCAUGCGUGCAUCUCCGCUAGAACCAGGUUUAGCUGAAGCUAUUGAAUCAGGUCGUAUAUCAUCGAAACAAGAUCCAAAGGAACGAUCAAAAAUAUUAGUCGAAGAAUUCGGUUGGGAUUUAGCAGCAACCAAGAAAAUCUGGGCAUUUGGUCCAUAUGAUAAUGGACCGAAUAUGCUUGUUGAUGGAACAAGAAGUGUUGAUGGCUUGGGAACUAUUCAAGAUGCAGUCGUUGCUGCUUUUCAAUGGACUAGUCAAGAAGGUGUUCUAGCUUCGGAAAAUCUCCGCGGUGCUCGUAUUGAAUUGCUUGAUGCUGAAAUCCAUCGAGAUGCUGCUCAUCGUCGACCUGAUCAACUUAUACCGGCUAUUCGUCGAUGUCUCUUAGCAAGUUUACAUAUGGCUGCACCUCGUUUACUUGAACCUAUAUUUCUUGUUGACAUUGAAUGUCCAACACGUAUGAUCGGCAGAGUCUAUGCCACAUUGAAUAAACGUCGUGGUCAAAUAAGUGAAGAAGAAGAAUUAAGCGGCACAACAUUAUCGCGCGUUAAAGCCUUUUUGCCUGUUAAUGAAUCAUUUGGUUUUACAGAAGAAUUACGUCAUUCAACAGGCGGUACAGCAUUUCCUCAAUGCCAAUUCGAUCACUGGGCACUACUACCUGGUGAACCAUUUGAAUUGAAUACAAAAUGUGGACUAAUUGUAACUGAAACACGUCAACGUAAAAAUUUACCAGAACAAAUUCCAGCCUUGGAAUCGCUCAUCGACAGACAAUAA